UCCGUUUGUCGUAGAAUAUCUUUCCGAACUGGUCAACCUGCACACGCAACGCGCAAAGACGCGCCAAAAAUAGAGACAGAACGCUGAACUGAAAAAAAAUCAAAAUGCUGUCAAAUCAACACAGCUCAAAGUUUGACAGUUGCAUUCGCGGCGUUUUGUUUUAAAUUUUUUGGCGCGCAUUUUGAGUUGUGUUGAUUUUGAUUUCGAUGGUUCUCCAGUUCGUGAAGAGCAAAUCUCGGAACCGUUGCGGGUUGUGCCGGAACUUGAUCCGAAACAGUUUCAGGAGCUGGAAGAAUCAUGGAGACCGGCAGCAACAUCGAAGAGAGCAUGAUUACGUCCUUGAUGCCGUACAAAUAUGCGUUUACGUGGGUCAUAAACAAUUUCAGCAAUUGGCGUGUAAAUGUGGAAGGAAAGAUUCAACGUUCCAAGCAAUUUCCUUCCGGAACUGAUGAUAAAUUUAAAUGGGUUUUGAAGUUUAAUCCUCAAUCGCAGAAGGAUAAAAACUUCUGUUCAUUAUUUUUAUUUCUAAUUUCGAAGAAAGGAUCACAAGACAAGGUGUUUCCCCAGGUUGAGCUAAAAAUGGAGAAUUCGAAUGGUGAAACUAUUAGGCAGAAAUCCUUAAAACAUGGUUUUUUUGUUCAACACGGUCGGGGGUUUAAUAAAUGGAUCCGCACGGACAAAUUGCUGGAAGCUAUUAAAGACGAUGACCAACUUGUCAUAAAAUGCAAGAUUCUGGUCGAAGAAGUAAUUAACAGCGAGGUGAUCAGGAAGCAUUUGCCAAAACCGUUGGUAAGCUCCUUGUCGAAGGACUACAACACCCUCGUCGACGGACAGAAGUUCGGCGACGUGACCAUCCUGAUCGACGGCCACCGGUUCUUGGCUUACAAAGGAAUCCUCGCCGCCAGGAGCGCCGUAUUUGCUGCCAUGUUUGACCACCAGAUGCAAGAAACCAUCCAGAAUUGCGUCACGAUCAGCGAUGUCGAGCCGAAUGUCUUCAAAGAGCUACUUCGCUACAUCUACACGGACGAGUUGACCUCUUUGGGCACGAUGGCCCACGCGUUGUACAAGGCGGCCGACAAGUACGCCAUGCCCACGCUGAAGAGCCGCUGUCGGUGCCACAUCCUGGAGAAGCUCAACUGGGAAACGGCAGCGGAAACGUUGGUGCUGGCCGAAUUGCACAGCGACCAGGAGAUGAAGAAGCACGCGCUGCGGUUCCUGAGUGGAAGCGAGGCGGGCAAGGCGACCGAAAGCGGCGGUUGGAAGAACAUGGUUCGAACUCAUCCCUACCUGGUCGAUGAGAUGGUCAAAGCCCUGGCGGCCUGCAGGAUCGCUGAGGCGGAUAAGUGAUUGCGUUCGUAUUCGUACGACUUUUUUUCUUCUAUCUGAUGACUUACAUUGAAACGUGUAACAAGUUAAAAACACAAGUUAAAUAAAAAUCCAAGUUUGUUUCUCCUUCGAAAAUGAUUUUGCUUUAUUUUUGUUGCCUUUUCGUAUAAACUUUCAGUAAUUUGUUCUGUGAGUGUGGCUAUUUUGUAGUGUCUCGUUUGCUCAAUGGUUAUUUACUUGUAACUCUGGGUUGUCUGAUGCUGUUCAGCGUUGAUCUAUUGCAAAUUGUAGUGAUACUUUGUUGAGUGCCUUUCGCCUGUUUUAGAGAGUUUAUGCCUUUUUAAGUUGGCUUGUUUCGGAAAUCUUUGCGAUAGCUGCAAAUAACUUUUUUUUUCUUGAAACAACGUUUGUGCAAGUAUUAUUUCAUUUAUUUGGUUAAAGGUUGUCUUUUAUUCUCUUACUUUCUUGGUGAUUAAAACACUAGCAUCAAAUUCACUUGUUUCGAGUUACACACACGGUUGUCGAACGCAGACGUAAUAAUUGUUAUAAGUUGUUACAACGUGCUCGCUGCAAUUAUCAAGUUAUUUGUUUUUACUUACUCGAACUGCUAAUGAAACUGUUUGCUUUUGUUUGAUGUGUGCUUUUCUUAGUUGUGCAAUGUUUGAUUACAUUCAGUGUGAUUUAAAUGAAUUUCACCUCUCUCGGUUU